ACCCUUGAGAAGCUAUUCGCAUUAACCACCCUUGAGAAGCUAUUCGGAUUAACCAAGUUUCGUAUAGGGCCAUCCUCAUCCGAUUCAUCACCCAACCUCAUAGCUACCUCCAGGACACCGACCUUCUCUUCUGCUCCCUCAGAUCCCAAUAUCCCCCCAAUAUAGACAGAUUUGAGUCAUGGGCCUCGUGUUGGGGAAGAUAACAGUGGAGACGCCAAAGUACCAAGUCGUCAACAAAACUGCGCACUACGAGAUCAGGAAAUACGAGCCUUCCAUCAUUGCUGAGGUAACCUAUGACCCCAAGGACAUGAAGGGCGACCCAGAUGGUGGCUUCAUGAUUCUCGCCAACUAUAUCGGUGCUCUUGGUAACCCACAGAACACCAAGCCGGAGAAGAUUGCCAUGACUGCCCCAGUCAUCACUCAGGAAUCGGCGGAGAAGAUUGCCAUGACUGCACCUGUCAUAACUCAAGAGGCCAAACCCCAGCCAGAGAGCAUUGCCAUGACUGCCCCAGUUGUCACAAAGAGUGAUGAAGGCAAAAAACUUGUGACCAUGCAGUUUGUUCUUCCAGGCUCAAAGUACAGCAAGCUAGAGGAUGUGCCGAGGCCAACAGACCCAAGAGUUGUGAUCAAACAAGUGGAGGACCGAAAGUAUGCUGUCGUCACAUUCAGUGGUGUUGCUAAUGACAAGGUGGUGCAGGAAAAGCUCCUGAAAUUGAAAGCCAAAUUGGAAGAAGAUGGAUGUAAGAUUGUAGGGGAGCAUCUACUGGCCAGAUACAAUCCUCCCUGGACUCUGCCACCUUUGAGGACCAACGAAAUCUUUGUUCCAGUCGAGUGAUUUUGACUGGCCAGGAGUUGUGGAUACUUCUAAUUUGUAGCAGCUUCGAGUGUUCUCUGUAGCAGCUGGGUUGUCGUUUACGCUGUGAAUAUCAGGUUUAGUUUUCCUUCAGCUCUUUGCAUUUGUGCCGAAAAGUAAGUAAUAUGUAGAGUUUUGUAACAGUAAAGUUUUAUGACAUGAAUAAGUUUGGUCGUUUCAGUGAAAAGGUUUUAUGGUAGCUCUCCUAUACAGUUGUCUAGUGUUACCCUGAACCCUCUUCAAAGCAGCAGUAGAACUCUGUGUCUAUCCAUCUUUGCUGGAGGGAUACCCCAGAAAUAAAGUCAUGACAGCACUUGCAUCGCAGCCAUAGGUUAAACAGUAGCUAUUCAAGAACAGCACUAGCCAUCUUUCAAGGUUGUAGGUUGAUUUUGUUGAGGUUUCACGAAUAAGCUGAAACAAUUGAAGAAGGAAUACAGGAAUUGGUGAAUGUGCAUACAUCCACAACGUUUCAAGAUA